UCUGUUCCAGUAGUACCUCCUGACAUCCGUUAUCCUCAGUCCUGUGAUCGCUGAUGCUACAAUCUGUGGUUUUUCACUCUAGAAGACCAUGAGUAAAUUUGGAUAUCGCCGGGAGCUGAGCAAAUAUGAGGACUUGGAUGAAGAUGAGCUCCUUGCCUCACUGACCGCUGAAGAGCUCCUUGAGCUGGAAAAGGAGCUGUCUGAUAUUGAGCCAGAUGAUAAGCUCCCUAUCGGACUGAGGCAGAGGAACCAGACAGUUAAAACCCCGACAGGGACAUUUAGCCGAGAGGCUCUCCUAAAAUACUGGGAGAAAGAGACACAGCAGCUACUUGAAAAUGAAAGAAUGGGAUCUUCAAAUGCUCAGGCUGGUGAAAUGAAUGAAAACCAAAACAUAACAGAAAGUGACAGUGAGGAAUCAGAAGAGGAGAAAGAAGCUGAGAAUAAGAAAGAAAAGGAUGAAUGUGUAGAUGAUGAUAAUGAAGAUGAAGAUGAUGAAGAGAGGGGUGAACUAGAAGAGGCAGUUACUGAGGAGGAGGAGGAGGAGGAGGACAAGCAGGAGGAAGAAGAAGAGGAGGAAGAAGAAGAGGAAGAAGAAGAGGAGGAAGAAGAGGAGAAAGAAGAAGAAAAAAAAGAAAUUGUCAAAAGGCAGGAAAAUAAUCUCAAUAAUGAGAGCGCUCUGGAGAAAUGUGUUCCUCUCCAAAAGGUCUAUAAUGGUUACUCAAGCCUUAAGCCAGAAGCUCCUGUCAGGAGAAAUUCACCACAGGAGUCAAACCAGUUGUCAGGAAACCCCACUGUCCUGGAUGAGGCUUUGGAAAAGAUCCUUCGUGAUGACCCUGAUACCACUGAAGUUAAUCUCAACAAUAUUGAUAACAUUUCCCAAGAAAACUUGAUUCGUUUCGCUGAUGCCCUGUGCUCCAACACGCAUGUGCAAUCUUUUAGUUUGGCGAACACACAUGCUGAUGAUCCAGUGGCCUUUGCAAUUGCCAAAAUGCUUAAGGAGAACUGUCACAUUACUAAACUAAAUAUUGAGUCUAACUUUGUCACAGGAAAGGGUAUCCUAGCCAUGGUUCAAGUGCUUACACGCAAUAACACACUAAUAGAGCUACGCUUCCACAACCAGCGCCAUAUCUGUGGAGGUCAGGUGGAGAUGGAAAUGGUGAAACUGUUGAGAGAGAACACCACCCUGCUCAAGCUUGGCUACCAGUUUGACCUCGCAGGCCCUCGAAUGAGCAUGACUGGCAUCCUGACACGCAAUCAGGAUUUUCAAAGGCAGAAGAGAAUGCAAGAACUGCGUCAGCAGCAAGGAGGUGCCUCGACUCCUAUUAACCCGCGCACAAGUGUGCUACAGAGGUGCACACCAACCUCUUCUCCAUAUGGGUCUCCUCUGAGCUCACCAUGGUCCUCUCCAAAGCUGCCACGUAAUGAUAUGGCCAAAAGGAAUCCUCAACCAUAUCUUCCACCACCUCCCCCACCUCCUCCACCACCACCUCCUCCUCCACCUCCACCACCUCCACCACUUCCUUUCAAACUCCAGAGCAUUACUGAGAAAAGAGGUCCGACCAGAAUGAUUGCGGAGGUGAUCAAGCUUCAGGAAGGAAGCACCAAGAAGCAACAGGUUCCAUGCAAAAGCAAGUCUAAGUCCAAAAAAGUGAAGAAGGGAGUUCCUAAGGAAAAUGAGACAGAGAAUAUUCUUAAGGAGCUAAAACAUGCGUUAAGGCCCAUCGCAGACAGAGACAGUUCCAGACCCUCAACGCCAAUGCGGUCGGCUCAUGACGAACUCAUGGCCGCCAUCCGAUCAAGCAGUAUUAAGUCUCUCAAACGGGUGGAAGUUCCCCAGUAUCUACGAUAAGGCAGCCAUAUACUUCAAUCCAGAAUAGAUGGCCAUUGCCACAAAUUGUCUCCAAAGAAGUGUUCCAAAGCACUAUGUCCAUAUAAAUUUGCAUACUUGGUGCAAACCUGUUAAAAAUCUGAAAGCAACCAUAUUCAGAUCAAGAUAACUUCAUUGGAGUUGCUUCAUUGGAGUUUUGAAUGUUAUCCCAAUACCUUCCUCUAGGUCCUCUAGGUUCCUAAAGAGCAUACCCUUACCUAGGCUCAAUUGUCCCUAUGUGUGAAUGAAUGAGUGUGUGAAAGCAUGGGUGGCUCCCAUCAACAUCCCAUCCAGUGGUUAUUCCUGCCUCGUACCCAGCAUUCCCAGGACAAACUCUGGAACCAUAAAGUGCUUAUAGAAGAUGAAUGUUCAGAAAAUAUGAAAGGGAAUGUUUUAGAAAAGAUCUGACACAGAUGAAUAAUUUUUAGUAUCUUGGUUGGUUUUUGACAAUGUAACGUGGCAACAGUAGAAGUUUGGAUUGAAAGUAUGGAAAGCCAUUUAAGUGCAAUGAAUUUGUUUUGGUAUAUUAAUGCUCUAAAGAAGGUUGUCUGGAACGCCUAAUUUUUUUAGUGUGUUGGUUUGAUUUACCCUCUCUUACACUCACUGUAUAUAACUUUUGAACUGCUUGCUUCUAAAAAAAAAAAAGGCUGAUUUACAGAUAAAAUUCAAUAAUUUGGAGUGUUAUUAUUAAUACUAGGUCAAAAUAUUACUGGAAACUGUAAAUGGGAAUGAAUAGCUGUGAUUUUAUAUUUUGACACUAAAAUCAGUUUCUAAUUGUUUUGCAUGAAUGCCUGUCUUUAUACCACAAGCAAUAUUUCAUAAAUAUAAUUUAUAUUUGUCUGUCAAUUUAUUCUAUAUUUUUUUCAGUUUUAUUUCUGUAUAAUUGUAAAUAUUUGCUUUGAUGUGGAGA